GAAUUCCACCAUCAGCGCUUUAUUCCGCUAUUCUGCGCUGUCCUGGGUUAACCUGAAAGAAAUCCCUGAGACUCCCCUUUCUGGCUUUCGGGGAGCCAGAGAGAGACCGGACACUCAGCUCUGCAGGAGCAGGCCGGGGCCAGGAAAGGCCAGAGGGCAGAGAGGGCUGUGCUGGGGAUUCCAGAAAGGUGUCCUGUCGGAGGGGACCUUGGAGCUAGGUCCUGAGGAUGAGUUUGUCAAAUGAAGAAGAGUAUCCGGGGGGGGGGGGGCGGCGGGAGGGAAAGCUGGGGGAGGGCCGAGAAACAGGGAGAGUUCUGGGAACACAGGUAGGAAUCUUCCCAGAAAUUUGAACAAGAUUUUACUAGGGCCAGGGCGUGGGUGUCCCGGAACUCAUCCUUCGCUCCUGAGAUGCUCUUGCUUCGCCUAAAGCUACGAAGUGGCCAGAUGGAAAAUACCGGGCUGGAACCCUCAACUCGGUGUAAUUCCCACGGCCCUGGACCAAGCCCGGUUCUUCCUCCCACCCCUCAUUUCCGGUGUCUGGGAUACCCGCGGUUCUAGGAUCCUAAAAAUUCGGUCUAAUGUUGCCGGGGGAACGCCAUUUCGCUGCACCCCCGCGUCCAGCCCUUUCCCCGCCUCUUUCCCUGCCACUGGCCAAUAGAAACGAAGAUCUUCAGAGGGUGGGCCGUACGCCUCCUAAGGAGCCCAAUGAUCAUCGAGAGUCGUUAAGCAUUCUACCAGUCUCGCCGCGGAGUGGGUGGAGCCUCCUGUCAGGACUAGAAGCCACCCAGGCAGAGCGGUCCCAGAUCGUGCACGCGCCAGGGCAGCGGCGCCCCGGCCCCUGGUUCCGGGGCCACUAUCUUCGCGCUGAGCUCCGGCCAAGGCCGCUGCGGCAUCGCGGUGAUCCGGACCAGCGGUCCCGCCAGCGGCCACGCCCUCCGGAGCCUCACGGCGCCCCGGGACUUGCCCCCAGCUCGCAACGCUUGCCUGCGCCUGCUCAGCCACCCCCGUUCCGGGGAGCCGUUGGACCGCGCGCUGGUGCUCUGGUUCCCAGGUCCCCAAAGUUUCACGGGGGAGGACUGCGCGGAAUUCCACGUGCAUGGAGGCCCAGCGGUGGUGAGUGGCGUCCUGCAGGCCCUGGUGUGCCAGGGCUGCGGCCGGCUGAGGCUGGUGAGUUCACCAGGCGGGCAUUCGCUCACGGGAAGCUGAGCCUGACCGAGGUGGAGGGGCUGGCAGAUCUAAUUCACGCAGAAACCGAGGCGCAGCGGCGGCAGGCACUGAGGCAGCUGGAUGGGGAACUGGGCCACCUCUGCCAUGGCUGGGCCAAGACUCUCACUAAGGCUCUGGCUCAUGUGGAGGCCUAUAUCGACUUUGGUGAGGAUGACAAUCUGGAGGAGGGCGUCCUGGAGCGAGCUGACAGCCAAGUACGGGAGCUGGAGCUGGCACUGAGCGCACAUCUUCGAGAUGCCAGGCGCGGGCAAAGGCUUCGCUCAGGAGCGCACGUAGUGGUCGCAGGACCCCCCAAUGCUGGCAAGAGCAGCCUGGUGAACCUACUCAGCCGGAAGCCUGUGUCCAUAGUAUCCCCGGAGCCGGGGACCACCCGCGACGUGCUGGAGAUCCCCGUGGACCUGGCCGGAUUCCCUGCGCUGCUGAGCGACACCGCGGGGUUGCGUGAGGGCGUGGGGCCGGUGGAGCAGGAGGGCGUGCGGCGCGCCAGGGAGAGGCUGGAGCAGGCUGACCUCAUUCUGGCGGUGCUGGAUGCUUCUGAACUCGCCUCUCCAUCCAGCCGCAACUUCCUGGAUACCGUUGUCGCCCCCGCAGGCGCUGGGAGCCCCAAUGAGAGCAGCCAGCGCCUCCUGUUGGUGCUGAACAAGUCGGACUUACUGCCUCCAGGGGGCCCAGGCCCCAGUCCCAACCUGCCCCCGCACCUGCUGCUGUCUUGCUUGACCGGAGAGGGCUUGGAUGAUCUCCUGGAGGCACUGAGGAAGGAGCUGGCUGAAGUGUGUGGGGACCCGUCCACAGGCCCACCGCUUCUGACGCGUGCAAGGCACCAACAUCAUCUCCAGGGCUGCCUGGAUGCCCUCGGCCACUACAGGCAGACAAAAGACCUAGCCCUGGCUGCUGAGGCACUGCGACUUGCCCGGGGUCACCUGGGCCGCAUCACCGGCGGAGGCAGCACCGAGGAGGUCUUGGACAUCAUCUUUCGGGACUUCUGCGUGGGCAAGUGAGAAGCCCUGAGGCAUGUGGGAAUAGCUUAGGCUAAGGGAGAAUCUCAUCUCCAGGAGAAAACUUGACCCCAGAACCAUGAACCAAAGUGCUGCCUUGAGAGGUGGUGAGCUCCUUGUUGCUGUCAGUGACUAAGCUACGGCCAGCCGUGCUAGGGGGUUCCAGCCCUGGAGUGGAGCUCAGCAGAGGUCCCUUUGGCUUCCUGUGCUGGGGGAGUAGGAGUGGACGGUUGGGAUGGAAUGGGAGGGCCUCAGGGAUCUUUGUUUUGCGUUUUUUAAUUUACUUUGCAAAUAUUAAAGGAAUAUAAAAAAAAUUCAGGUGAUUCAGAAAUGCUUAAACAUGGAAAUUCCCCUCCCCCCAUCCCUGGGGGUCACAGUUUGUGUUGGUUCAGAAUUCUCUCUGCUCUUUUGUUUAUUUGUGGAUACACCUGUGAAAUAUGUUUUGUCUUGUAUUUUGUCCAUAAAGUGUGUGUUUAUUGCUCUGCAA